GAUCCCUUUAGGCUUUAGGUCAUGGUUGGCAAUACAAACGGUGAAAAUUUGUGGGUGAGACUGUUGAAAUUGACACCAAAAUAACUUUGGAUUUUGUGUAUAAAUUUGUGUGGUUUUUCCGGGGUUAGCUGCUUCAGACGUUUUAUAAACCCUCAAAGCUUGAAAAGCUUUCCUUUCUUUCUUUCUUUUCUAAGUGUGUAAUAAUGGCAGGGUUUAAGCAUCUUGUUGUUGUGAAGUUCAAGGAAUGUGCAGUGGUGGAAGAGAUUUUGAAAGGUAUGGAAAAGCUGGUUUCUGAGGUUGAUGCGGUCAAGUCUUUUGAAUGGGGACAAGACAUAGAAAGUGCAGAGAUGCUUAGAGAAGGAUUCACUCAUGCCUUCUUGAUGACAUUCGAAAAGAAAGAAGAUUACACUGCGUUUACCACCCAUCCCAGCCAUAUUGAAUUCUCUGCAACGUUUGUUGCAGCCAUUGACAAGUUGGUGGUGCUUGAUUUUCCAUCUGUCGCUGCUAAAUCUCCAGCCUGAUCCUCUUGCCAAGAUAUCUUUCAACAAUAAUAAUAGAAACAAGCUACCUAGGAAUUUAAGUAUUUGUUAUGCGUAAUCUCUCUUUCGCUUGCAUCCCUAUGUUUUCUGUAUGUGUGUUAUGGCUUCCUGCCAUUUCUGUCAAUUCCCCAAUAAUCUUAAUUUCAAUUAUUGAUAUGUAUAUCA